AUUCAAUGGUGGUGUAUUCAAUUAGUCGUGUGCUACGUUUAAAGCAAAAUGCGUUCAUUAUUUUUUAUCUUUUUAUUCGGUGUUUGUGCACUCCACAUUCAAUCAUCAUUCGCAAACCUGCGAACAGUUCAGGAAGAACUUGACGAAUUAUUGAAAAAAGGAACGGCGUCCUCUGUGCUAAGAAAAAUUAAAGCUGAGGCCGAUAAAAAAAAUGAAGCGGCCAAAUCUACAAAAAAGUUCUCAUUACUAUUUGAAUGCUCUUCAAUUGAAUCGGUUGCGCUGAAACCAAUUGCGGUGAAUGCUCAACUAAGUCAACUAAAAAGUGUUGUUACUAGAGUUGCCGAUAAAACUCUUCGACCAAAGUUGAUUCUAUUUUAUAAUACAGUCAAUAUGUUCUCAGCAAUGAUUCCAACGCUGAAGGGAACAAUGGAAGAGAAUAAAAUAUGCUGUCAAAAAUUCCAACGAACACAUGAAGCAUAUUUGGAUUCAUUUCAAUCACAAUCUGAUGAAAAGAAAUUCAUAAAGCUUCAAAAGAAAGUUCGACCAUUCGAAACGAAAUUAUUACAUCAUUACAUUGAUAUACCAAAUUUAGCCCAACUUUUGAAAUUGUCCAUUGAUAACUAUGCGAUUGAAAUAGCUGGUGUAAUGGCCAGGAUAGUCGAACUAGUUUCUGCAAAACCAAACGAUGUACAGAAGUUAACCGCCAAUUUAAUUUCAUCAAUGGACGUUUUUGCUCGUGAUGAUGCAAAAGUAAUUAAGGCACUCAAUGAUGAUGUCAACAGAAUUGCCAAGGAAAAAUGCCAAGACAUUAACGCUCUCUAUGAAGAUUUAUAAGAAAUUCAUUAAGAAAUUAAAAAAAAUAUCUUCAAAAACAUUUUCUUAUUUAAUAAUAAGGGCUUACUAGAGGGCUACUAUGACUAUACGAUUUCCAAAAUAUACACAAUAUAUAGGUCUUGUUCAACAAACGGCAUAAAGCUUCAGUUAUUCACACUAUACACAGUACAUAAUAGAAUGAAGAAAAAAAAUUCAAUACACAAAAUAUAUACGGAAUAUACGAUAAAUAUAAUGAAGUUUUCGGCAUUUACUUGCGAAUAUUCUAGAUUUUUUGCAGCAUUAUGUUUCACUAUGUACAGUAAUAAUAGUACAGAUUUAAACAAUUAAAAGCUCAAAGUUUAAUAUGUUACAUAAAAUUCUUUGUUCAUAAUAAACUUUACAUCGUGAAAUUGUAUGAAUAAACUUUAAAUUGUGAA